AUGUCUCGACACAGCGCUUUUAAUAACUACGAUUACGACAAUGAGCUCGAUGAGUACGAUGGCUACGACAACACAGGAGAGGAAGAGCUCAGCCCAGAAGACCGUGAAUCGAUGGUCUUGGGCACUUCUGCCGUUCGUGAAGCUCUCGCUGCCGAAUCGUCCAAAGUCACGACGGCCCAGAUUCAGGAGGCGCUAUGGCAUUACUAUUACGACGUAGACAAAUCGGUCGCCUAUUUGGUCAGCAAAUACAUCUCGCCCCCGGCCGACAGCAAAAAGGCGAAAAAGGCAACAAAUAGUCAUGAAGCCGACCAUCAAGUGUGCGCAGCGGAAGUGUGUUCAAUGGAGGGAUCCAGGGACUUGGCAUGGUCCGGAGGCUACGGUACCGUCUCAGCAGCGAUCAGACAGUCGACUUUCAGACCACCGGUGUCUACUUGGUUUGACGAUAUGCCGUGGUUGAAUGUCCCCGACCAUCGACGGGCCGAAUUUAUUGCGCCGGAGCUCCCACGCGGCGGGCUUCUCGGUGGAUCCGGAGCGGCUCCAAAGAUGUCCAAGCUGCAGGCCUUGGCUGCCGCCCGAAAGAAAAAGGCUAGCGAGAAGAAGAUUGAGGAAACCGAAGCCUCUCCAGAGCAACAGAUGGGCAGUCUGUCUCUACAAUCUUCACAGACUAAGGUGUCAGCCACGCCGAGGCUUGGCGCAUUAGUCAAGCAACGGAAGGAGGCCAGUUCUGUCACACCAGACCGCUGCCAGCCACAGUCGGCGACAGAGGCUCAGCCCGAGAUCCCUACCGUGGACGGCGCGGCAGAUGAGAUGGAUACACGGACGGCUUCCAACGACGUCGCUGAACCAUCAGCAUUCGCUCGAACGAUAUUGGGUCCCAGAUCCAACUUGGAAUCUUCUCACAAGCAACGGCAGUCGUUCGGACUCCAUUAUUUGGACAUGGAUCCUUCCAUUUCGGACAUCUUCUCACGACCCUCCCCAGACGAUAGGGUUAUGGCGGCACAAGCGCAAGCCGGCAAACCCAAGGCCACGGCCAAGAAGGGCAAAUCCGAUAAGAUUGACUCGCUGUCCAACUCGGUUCAGAGCUUGAAGGUUGAGGAUGUCGCUCCUCUACCCAAGAGUAAAAAUUUGAAUGUUCUAGGAGAGUACGAGAAGAGCGUCAAGAAGAAGAAUGCGAGCUUCGUCGUUGUGGGGCAUGUUGAUGCAGGCAAAAGCACCAUGAUGGGGAGGCUACUUUUGGAUAUGAACGUGGUUGACGAUAGGACCAUCAGCAAGUACAAAAAGGAAGCUGAGGCGAUGGGUAAGGGAUCCUUCGCACUUGCAUGGGUUUUGGACUCGACAAGUGACGAGAGAGCCCACGGCGUCACCAUUGAUAUCGCCAAAAGCCGUUUCGAGACCGAGAGCACAAUAUUCACGAUUCUGGAUGCACCGGGUCAUCAGGACUUUGUUCCGAAUAUGAUAGCAGGAGCCAGUCAAGCAGAUUUCGCUAUUCUGGUGAUAGACGCUACCGUUGGAGCCUAUGAGCGCGGUCUCAAGGGUCAAACAAAGGAACACGCCCAGUUGAUUAGGAGCAUCGGUGUUUCCCGCAUUAUUGUAGCAGUCAAUAAGCUCGAUGCUACAAACUGGUCACAAGAUCGCUUCAACGAGAUCUCUGAUGGCAUGUCGGGAUUCAUGUCGGCGCUUGGCUUCCAGAUGAAGAACAUUAGCUUCAUUCCGCUAUCCGGACUAAACGGUGACAACCUGGUCAAGCGAUCAACAGCAGAAGCCGCAUCCUGGUACACCGGUCCGACGCUACUCGAGGAGCUGCAAAAUUCAGAGCCAAUGACGCGUGCGCUCAAGGAACCUUUACGGAUAACCGUCUCGGAUAUAUACAACAUCGGCCAAAGCACACUCACGGUUGGCGGGAGGCUGGACGCUGGAUCGGUCCAGAUGGGCGAUGCUCUGCUUGUGCAACCAAGCGGAGAGAAAGCCUACGUUAAGAGCAUAGAGGUCGACUCAGAGGAUGUGGACUGGGCAGUUGCUGGCCAGAACGUACUGCUACAGCUAUCUCACAUUGAUCCCGAGCGUGUUAGAGCUGGAGAUGUGAUUUGCGACCCGUCGAACCCGAUACAGUGCAUCGACAGCUUUACGGUAAAGGUUCUCGCUUUCGAUCACCUCUGGCCGAUGCCACUACAAGUACACCGUGGCCGAUUGGACGCUGUUGGUACUUUGCAGUCCAUGCUAGCCGUACUGGACAACGCGACAGGGACAGUCGUCAAGAAGAAGCCCAAAAUCGUCAAGCCCGGCAUGACUGCUCGUGUGGUUGUCAAGAUGACUGGGACCAAAGUACCAUUGGAAGCUGGCCAGCGCAUCAUCUUGCGAUGUGAUGGUAGGACUCUGGCAGCUGGAAUAAUUGAAUAG